CUUAUGUGGUUAUGUACCGGCUCGUAAUGAGGAUCGAUUUGCCACAACCGAGGAAAGAAAAUGGCUUACGCGUAGAGCUGACUACAGAGCAAGUGCUAAACAUAAAUGGCUUACGGGUAAAACGGCAAUGGACAUUGACUUUGUCGAGAACUUUAAUGCUCGUAGAACAUUUGGAAAAGCGAUGGAAGUUGUACAAACGGCGAACAGACUCGAGAAAAAUGCUACAAAGAAACCUGAUAUCUUUGCUAAAGAGUUUAUUCCAAGUUGGCUUCCUCAACCGGCUCAAACUCUCUCCGAGCCAGUAGUAAAGAAAAGUGAAACAGGGAACUUGACUGACAUACCUGUGGAAAAUACUCUGACGCCGCCAAAUCCUGCCGCUAAUCCUGCGCCAGUGGCUAAAAAAGAGAUGGGAAAGAAAACCGUGUCUUCUAGCACUACCGUUUCCACCCCUACUGCACAAAUAACAGAAACGCAGAACAAGACGAACACAUUGAUGCUGAAGAUCUUUAUGCCAAAGAACAUUUAA